AAGAUGGUGGAUUUUAUUGCCAGUCUGACUUUUACUCCUUCAAGAUGGCGGCGCCCAUGGGAAGCCGCUUUCUGACAGUAAAACUCAGAAGAGUGUACUCUCGUGUUACAGCCAUGGCCUGGUUCUUUUUGGUGCUAUUAAUUUUACCGGUACUCGGGGAUAAAGCUGAUUGGGACCCUGCGGGGUACGUAGUGUACUGUCCGUGCAUGGGGAGGUUUGGUAACCAAGCUGAUCAUUUCCUGGGUUCUUUGGCGUUUGCUAAGAUGCUGAAUCGGACACUUGUUGUACCUCCAUGGAUUGUUUAUCGUCAUCAUCGUCCUCCAUACACUAAUGAACAUGUACCUUAUGAAGAGUUUUUUCAACUUGAGCCUCUUGAAGAGUUCCACCGUAUCAUUAGUUUGGAGGAAUUCAUGAAAAAUGUUGCUCCCACCUAUUGGCCACCCAGUAAACGUGUGGCAUAUUGUUUCAGGGCAGCCGCACAGAGAAGUCCUGACAAGAAGACAUGUCCCAUGAAAGACGGAAACCCAUUUGGCCCAUUUUGGGAUCACUUUUAUGUGGACUUCAGUGAGUCCGAGCUAUUUGAUGGCAUUAAUUUUAGUAACUAUUAUAAAGAUGUGUGGAUGAGCAGGUUUCCACCCACUCGCCACCCAAUUUUAGCUCUCCCUGGUGCACCCGCUCAGUUUCCAGUACUAGAAGAACACCGUGUUUUUCAAAAAUACAUGGUGUGGUCUAAGAAGAUGGUUCAGGAGGGAGAGGAGCACAUCAGGUCUCUGCUGAUAAGACCUUUUGUUGGAAUUCAUCUGAGAAUUGGAUCUGAUUGGAAAAAUGCAUGUAACAUGCUGAAAGAUGGCACUGCUGGAUCUCACUUCAUGGCUUCCCCGCAAUGUGUUGGCUAUGACAGAAACAAAGCAGCACCUCUCACCAUGGACAUGUGUCUGCCAAACCUUAAGGAGAUAAAACGAGCACUAACACUGUGGGUGAAGAAAACCAAGGCCAGGUCUGUCUAUAUAGCCACAGACUCCACAUCUUAUGUUACAGAGAUCCAGAAGUCUUUAGGAGAAACCGUAAAAGUUAUAAGUCUCCAGCCUGAUGUGGCUCAGAUAGAUCUGUACAUCCUUGGUCAGUCUGAUCAUUUUAUUGGGAACUGUGUUUCCUCAUUUACAGCAUUUGUGAAGAGGGAGCGUGAUAUUCACGGGAAGCCAUCGUCAUUCUUUGGCAUGGAUUCUCCUAUAAAACUGGCAGAUGAGCUAUAGUAAAGAAGAAGAGAAUUAUUGGUACAUUACAUUAGUUUUGUAAAACUGAUUCAGAGAACGGUUCUAUGCUGUGGUAUGCGCCUCUCGCUGUAGUACAUUGUACUGCUGGGAUCAUUUUGAGCAUCGUUCUAAAACACUGCUUAUAGACAUCACAUUCCAGAAUGAUAAUCAUAUUUCACAUUAAAUAUGAUGUAUCUGCAUAUUUAUAUAUUUUACUCUUAUCUGGACUGAAUUUGUUUUAUAAAUUAUUCUUAUGUUUUAUAUUCAGUGAUCAGUGCAUAAACUCAAUGGGGGAAACAAAACCCCAAAACAAUCUAGCUCAAUCUUUUGAUUAUGGAAUAUCUGUUGAAAUUGGCAGGCAAAGAUCAGUAUCCUCGUCAGAAACAAAAAUUAGUAAAUGGUUUUCAGAUUAAACAGUUUCUGUGGGAAUUUCUUUUUUCAGUAAAGGAGCCUUUUUUUUUUUUUUUUGAAAACUAAUGUUCACUCCUGAUUAAAACUACUUUUCUCAAGGUAAUAGCAGAGGCUUUCUGCCCACCAAAAGAGGCUGUGAAAGUUGUAUUUAGCAAUCUGUGAGCAAUCCAUUCCUAGGGAUAUGUUGCACAUAAACAUUCACUUUCUGUUAGUUCCAGAAUCAAACUGAAAGGCCUUAACAUAAGCCUUAUCAAGCAAAUACAUUUUAAAAUCUUAAAGGGCCACUCGAUCAAAAUUAAACUUUCAUUAUUCAGCUAGAGCAUGCCAUUUUAAACAACUUUCCAAUUUGCUUCUAUUAACAAAAUGUGCACAGUCUUUUUAUAUUUAAACUUUUUGAGUCACGAGCUCCUACUGAGCAUGUGCAAGAAUAAGUGUGUAUGCAUUUGUGAAUGGCUGAUGGCUGUCACAUGGUACGUGUAUGCAGUUGUGAUUGGCUGAUGGCUGUCACAUGGUACAGGGGGAGUGGAAAAAUACAUAACUUUUAAUUGUCAGAAUAAAAAUCUACUACUCAUUUGAAGUUCAGACUAAGUGCUAUUGCAUUGUCUUGUUACCUUGCAUUUGCUGAUUAUACAAAUCUACUGUGUUGACUGGUCCUUUAAAAGGGAUCCCUGUACUAAAAAAUGUGUUGUCCCCUUAAUGUGCUCCAAAUGACUUGUUAUAUGUACUGGAUAGUAUUAAAUGUAUUGGAAAUGUUUCCUUUAUAUUAUAUCAUAUCAGUAUUUGAAAAAAAUGUUUUUUCUAACUAAAACCAUAACCUUUGACAAGCCUAUAACAAUGGGCUGAGCCUGCAAGUAUUUGUUAGAUAUUGAAAUUCUAAUUAUGGCUAGAGGUUUCAAUAAACACAAGCAGCUAUUUCACAUACAAAAUCUCUCUUAUAACCCCCACUGGGAGAUUAAUUAGUUCUACUGUCUCAUAUUUACAUACCUUUUUCUAUACAGAAAAUGUUUGUUGCUCAUAUUUUCAGUGUAUGUGGGGUUACAAUGGACAAAAGUAGCAUUUUCAUAUAACAAAGGUAAAUCAAAUCAGUUGUUUGCAAGCAAUUGCAUACACUCCAGCAGGUAAAAUAGACCAUUGGAAGUGGGGGGAGGACCUUUUAAAAUGCGUCCCUUUAAAUCAUGCUUUUUCAAAUAUAUAACAGAAAUAUCCAGAACUUAAUGACCCUCUGCUACUGUUGUGUUGGACGAUUUAUCUGAAUACACUUUUUGUUAUUUGAUUUUGCAUUCUUUUAUUUCUGUCCGUCAAAGAUGCUGGUGAAUAUAAAGCUUAUUCAAUCGAUUAUGUCAUUUAUUUUGUCACAUGCACAUAAUUAAGAUAUUUCAAUGCACUACAAUAUUUCUUACUAAUAUUUCUACAUAUUCAUUAUAAUAAAGUAUUUGCUUAGUCUCA